AUGAUUUUCGCUCUCUUCUUCGUGUGCACGCGCUUGUCGCAAAUCGCCACCUUGCUCUGCACAAUGUCCAUGCUCGCCUGGUUCAUCAACAUCUUUGUCGGCUACAACGCACUCACGCCCAACCCGAUCCUCAUCAUAUUCAUCGUCUCCGUCAUCGCUCUCACCUGGGCCGUCUUCACCCUCUUCACGUACCACCGAUCCUCGCACAACGCCCUGUUUGUCAGCUUUGUCGACGCUCUCAUCCUCGGCGCCCUCAUCGCCGCGACCUACUUCAUCUCGCCGAUCCGCCUUGCGCAGUGCGACGACGCUAACCCGCGCAAGUACUGGGCCAACUUUGUUGGCGGCGACCAAAUCACCGGCCUCGGCUACGAGUGGGGCUACAGCAAGCCGUGCAACAUGCUCAAGGCCUGCUUCGCCUUUGGCAUCAUGAACUGCCUCAUGUUUGGCUUCACCUCGUUUGUUGCCUGGAUGCACGGCGACAAGAUUGUCAUUGUUGAGGAGCGCCGCCACCACCACCCGCGAAACCAUAGCCGCCGCCACAGCCACCGUGGCAGCAGAUCGCGCUCUGGCGACUCUCGAUACAGCAGAAGCGAGCACUCGCACCGCCGUGUCUAUGUUUAA